AUAUGAUUUUACGAACCUUCUCAUAUGCAUAGGUAGAAAUGUUCACAUUUUUAGUUGGCAAAGCUGAGCGAUUUAGUGACUUUCGUAGUGAUGAAGUUUGCGAUCCUGCUACAUCCAAGCGAAAUUGUAGCGGCAGUUGGUGAUUGUGGAACUUGUAUUCAAUUUACGUCGUAUAAGAAAAUGGUUGAAAUAAAUACGACUGAACUUACGGAAGAUGAAGCAGAAUUAUAUGACCGUCAGAUUCGUCUGUGGGGUCUGGAUUCACAGAAAAGAUUACGAAAAUCAAAAAUUCUGUUGGUAGGAAUUAAAGGGAUUGGAGCUGAGAUUUGCAAGAAUAUUAUUCUUGCAGGUGUAAAGUCAGUUACCAUACUUGAUAAUGGAGUUGUUACUGAUGAAGAUUCAUGUUCCCAGUUUCUGGCUCCAAGAGAUCAGAUUGGUAAAAACCGGGCGGAGGCUUCUCUGAGUAGAGCUCAGCAGCUCAAUCCCAUGGUGCAGGUUACAGCUGAUUCUGAAGAUGUUGCUGACAAACCAGAUACAUUUUUUGGAGACUUUGAUGUAAUCUGUGCUACAGAGUGCCCCGUUGAACAGUUGAUUCGAAUCAAUCAGGUCUGCCGAGAGAAGAGCAUCAAGUUUUUCUGUUGUGACGUCUUUGGAAUGUUUGGUUACACAUUCACUGACCUGCAGAUACACGAAUAUGCCGAGGAGGUGACAGUACACAACAUUGCCAGCAUUCAGGACUGUGAGGGGCCUGCUAAAAAGAUUGCCAAAGUGGAUCCUGUUAAGGUGACAACAAAACGGACUGCAACAUUUGUGCCCCUGCAGGAUGUGCUGGAUGUUGAUUGGUCCAGUGAAACUUACAUCAAACGCCUUCCGAAGACUGAUUGUUCUUACUUCCUUAUGAGAGUACUCCUUAGGUUUCGCAGCAAAUGUGGGCAUGACCCAAGCCCUAAGAAACGGCAGGAGGACAUCAAAGAGCUCUGCAGCAUACGUAAUGAAGUUCUUGCCAAGUUGGAAGUGCCAGUGGACAAAGUGCCGGACGAACUGUUCAGUCACGUGUUUGCGGAGUUGAGCCCGGCAUGUGCCAUCGUUGGAGGAGUAAUGGCACAAGAAAUUAUCAAGGCUGUUUCACAGAAGGAGUCGCCACACAACAACAUGUUCUUCUUUAACCCAACUAAGAAUGUUGGGUUUGUAGACUGCAUCGGCCAUUAGGUGCCUCUUUAUAAGUAUUUGUUCUCUUAAAUGUGGGAGAUCAACUUUCCAGCUUUGACUCUGUGUUUUCUUUAUGUAAUAAUUUGAAACACUUAUUAAAAGUCUUCAUCUUUGCAUGCCGUUCCACAUUGUCGUUCCUGUAACACGUUCAAGGUUUAAUGAAAUGUUGGUUAAUUUAAAAUUGUGUUUUUCAGUGAGUAGUGGCUAAUUCUGUAAAUAUCACAUUUGUACUUCAAAUUAGGUAAAACUGGAACUAAACUUGUAAUCAGAAUGCAUGGAUGCCUUUGUAAAACUUUUGUGACAUGCCCGUGUAAGUGAUUUUUAUUUGCAUAUAAUACAUUCUUUUCAUACA